AUGGAGGGGGAAGAUUUGAAAAGAACCCUCGUGGAAUUGCCCUCGAAAUUAAACUACAGGGACUCCGGUUCAAUCAAGCAUUUUAUAUUCAAAAUCCUAUACUACAGCUGCACUAAUCACGGCCAACUGCUCCGCCGGCUCUUCCCCGAUCUAUCGGCCUCGGACCUUGCCUUGCUUGAAAGCUCAAAAGUCGACUUUGACUUGGAAACGUUGCGUCAAGUAAGUCCCUUUUACCAAACCGCCAAGAAUCAAAACGCGGCUUCUUACACUCAUGAUCCCGAUAAGCCCUGUGCGAGAUUAUUCAAGUCUAAUGAUACCGUUUACCGGUGCGAAGACUGCGGAUACGACGACACGUGUGUUUUAUGUUCAUAUUGCUUUAACGAGCAGGACCACGUCAACCACAGUGUGCUGCUGUAUUCUUCCCAGGGCAUGAAUGGAGGUGUAUGUGAUUGUGGAGACCCCGAGGCAUUUGUCAAUACUUUGCACUGUAAAUGCUCAACUGGUGUUGCCACCGAACCCAGUUCCCUCUCAGAGUUUUCAUCAUCCUCAAAAGCCAGCAACUUUGAUGUGCAAAGCAUUCACACAACCAUUGAAAUCUGUCUUAAAUACGUUUUGGACGUGUUGAAUUUCUCGAUAGGCACUUUACCCCUUGUUCAUAGGCUAAUGAAUGAGCAAAUUUCAUUGACGGCAAAGAGAUGGUCAAAUUACUCGUCGCUACCAAGAGGCCACUAUGGCGGUGCCUUUGAUGAAAACUCGGUUGAUAAAUGGUACCUUGUGCUAUGGAACGACGAGUUUCAUGACGUGAAUCAAGCAGUUUAUGCAAUCAAGCGAUGCAUCAACUGUAGCGAGGGCAAGGGGAUGGAAUUGGCUUCUAAAAUCGAUAAGGAAGGUUUCUGCAUCUUGCUUGAAUCGAAAUCAUACGAGUCGCUCAUCAAACCGAAAAAUGUUGUUGAAACAGGAGGUUUGGUUGCAACUAUAACUUCAGCUCGAGAUUACAUGAGGGACAUGAUUGUAAAGGCAAUCUUUUUCUGGUUAGAAAAUAUAGUCACGUCAGACGAUAAGGCUUUUAAAAACUUGUGCCAAACCACUUUAUCGCAACUAUUGGUGGAUAACGAUUACAAUUUUGCCAAGGCUGUUCCUGCCGAGUUCUUGCUCACGACUGCUGGCAACAAGGCUAGUUGUUUCCGAAACGGUAUUCCUAUUGAUAACACAUUUGUGCCUUUCACCAUUUCCUCCUUUUCCUCCUCGUCCUCGUCCUCGUUCUCCUCCUCCUUUUCCCCCGACAACAACAACAACAACAACAACAACAAUAGAUCAAAUUUCCCCUAUGAGGAAUCUGAUCUUUCAAUGCCCUUUUCAAGUCUAAGUACAGCCAAAAAUCCGUCAGGUCAACUAUCAAGGUUCCAAAUACUACUCGUUUUUCAAAUAAGAUUACCAAAGCCAGUUAGGAAAAAAUUGGUGCCCCUUCUACUUCCUCUUUUAGUCAGGAACAAAGACUUUAAGCAGAUAUUUGCCAGACAAUUUACGGAAAUUUAUCCUACGCUUUUAACCAUACUUGCAUAUUCGGACCGCGAAGAUCAACUAAAUAUCAUUGAUGAAAUAGUGGCUCAGCUCUAUACUUGUCCCAUGACUGUGCAAAAUCUACUAAACUCGGUAGGAAUCGGGUACAUCUUGGCCCCCAUUAUAGCGAUUAUUGAAGAAAGUUCCGCCUUUUGGGACUCUAACCAAGGUUACAAGGUGUUUUGCCAUCAAGGAGACGCAACCCAUCAGCAACGGACUAUCCAAAAAGCCAUUGAAAGAGGGAUCCGGGACUUUGAUCAUUUCACAUCGAGCACUUUUAGCCCCGCAUCCUUGGCUAACUUGAUGGAACACGACAAUAUGAUUUGUAUUAUUCGGUUCUUGCAAUUGUUUCAAGGAUAUAUUCCACUCAAGAGAAAAUACGGCGAGCACGUGGAACAAGAACUGUACCUCUUUCGGUACCACGCUACGAUCUCGGUGCCCUUGCUCAUUUGCAUGAAAAAUCUAGCAAUGUCCCAACAUGCCAACCCCAGAUCGGACAUUUUUAUUAAAACCAUAAUCGAAGUGUUGACAAGCAACAGACUCCGACAGGAUGGCGCUGGUGGAGAACAUUACCAGCUGUUGGAUGUGAGUAAGCAUCCACACGGCCUAGUCUAUCCCUUGUCCUCCUUUCUUUCCUUUUUAAUCCAGAGCCGAGGAAUGAGAAAUACUCAAGACUUGCUUUUGAAGCAUUAUCAAAACGAGGUUGUUGCCUUGUCUCGUGACUCGCUUUGGAGUAUAGUCUUGGCCUCUCAAAUCAAAAUUGGCUUUUGGAUCAGAAACGGUUUGUCUGCCUCGCGCCAGGCCUCGAUGUACUUUGGUUCUGCAAUGUCCGAACUCACGUUUUCAACCGAUUUUCACCUCCAACAACUAGCCCUCUUGGCCGGAGACCCAAACGAAAUGGUCAAGAAUAUGCUCAAGCGGUGGGAAUUAUCCGAAUGGUUUGCCAAUGAAAAAAAGUACAGCGAGACUGUUUACGAAGACCGGUUUUUCUCCAUUGCUGAAAUGUUCAUCUGGGUAACCUACAAUUUAUUUGUCGAUAGAACCAAAUUUAUUGAGGCAAAUGAUCACGCCGAGUAUGCUUCUUUUCAUGCGAAAAGAGUUUUGGCGUACACCUUGUGCGAGCAAUCCAAAUCAUACUCAAGUUUGAAGGCCAAAGUCGAGUUGCGAGUGUCUCGACUACCGGAAUUUGACGACUUGUUGUACAAAGUUGCCGACUAUCAGCCCCCAUCUGCACUUGUAGACAGCGGUAUUUACAGGCUCAAGGAAAAGAUUUAUGAUGAGCUCGAUCCCUUGAGCUUGUAUCUGGACCCUGUGAAAUUCCAUACAUUAUCAGAGGUUAUGACAAAAGCAAUUGCAAAGAAUUCUAGAAGCAAGAGAGAAGAAGACAACAAAGAAGAAGAUGAAAAAACCAAAGAAGAAGAAAUCAAAGAAAAUGUCGUUAUUUUGAAACCCGUUAUUUUAAAGUGCGGGUUGGCAAAAAUUGACAACUCGCUCGGGGCAUUUACCAAAACCACCGCGUUUAUCAAAAUCAUUUACAAGCUUUUGCGAGUAGCUGUUGACACCUCAAACGAAACGUACCUUCCCCAGCUUUUGCACUUGAUUCAUGCAAUUCUACUUGAUGACGAAGUGAUACACGGAAAGGACUAUCUCAAUCAGAAUUUUGUCGACAUUCCUGUCUGCGACCUUUUGGUCACUAUCGUGCAACUAGGCUUGUCGAAACUGGUUUGUUCAAAGACUGAGUUUUUAAUAGACUUAUUUUUGGCCAAAGACGAUCGAAUCUCGGAAAACCUAGUCAGCUGCUUUGGAGAGGAGACUAUACAACUGUUUAAAGAGCGCAGAAUGAAUAAAGCAGGAAGCAAGCAAGAAACAGCGAAAAGGAAAGCCGAGGAGAGGAAGAAUAGGAUUUUGAAAAAGUUUGCGAGAAAGCAGGAAAAGUUUUUGCUGAAGAAUUUUGAACCGGUUAAAGUCGACGACGGCCACAGUCAAGUAGGAAAAGAAAACACAGAAAACACAGAAAACACAGAAAACACAGGAAACACAGGAAACACAGGAAACACAGGAAACACAAGAAAUACAGGAAAUGCAGGAAAUGCAGGAAAUGCAGAAAACAGAGAAAUUGCAGAAAAUGAAGCGGACCAUUCUCGGAUCUGCGUUUUGUGUGGUGAACAGGAAGCGGGUAAAAAAGCAUUUGGUAUUUUGAUACUGGAAACGCUAGCACCAAUCUUUUGGAAAUUGGACGAUUCAUUGGUAGAUUCCGCUUUGCAUAAUUGGAGUGCCGAUUUCAUUCAGGGCCAGGACCGCAGCGAUUACGGAGAUGGCUAUCCCGUUGCUUCUGCUUCUUGCAAAGACUUUGAAAAGGGCGUCCUUUCGACUUGCGGGCACGGCAUUCAUUACUCUUGUUAUAUAGGCGGCGUUGGAAGGCUGAAUAACUACCCCUGUCCGUUGUGCAGAAAUCUAUACAGCUCGUUCAUUCCCACGUUACCACUAACUGGGGCGUUGAGGGAAAAACCCAAUCUUUUGAACGAUUAUUUAUUCAUGGAUCCCACUUCAAUGAGCUAUUCAGACAUUGUCAAAUUCAAAAGCUUUUCCCCCAAGCGGGGACUUUUACGUGAGCUUUACAUCCCCAAGGUGCACGGUCUUCACUUGAACAUAUACGCGAACCUGAUGCCUUAUGACCGGUUCUCAAAGCAGAAGCUCCGCAAUUGGGCUCCCGAAUUGGCUAACACGAUUCAAAUGGCAGAAAUCACCACAAGAUUGCAAGGGGUAGAUGCAUAUUCGAAAUUUGUGACUCAGAUACCGAAGCACACAAAGAUUUUGUUGAGAUCCUUGUUCCAGGCCAUCAUUUUGAUCCCCGUGCUAGAUAAGGAAGAGUGUCUUUUGCGGAACUCGGCUCGUUCAAGAUAUGAUGAGGCCACCAAAGAGGUCCAUGAAUAUUCCAAUGGUGUGUUUGCAUGCACACUUUCCUUGUUUUUCAAAACGCACGAGUCCUUGGCCACGUUGGCUCGAGUAGGAUUGUGUGAACUCUUUGCGAUUUUGGUCAGCCGUUAUCCCAGUGGCUUACCACAAGGAAAAGACAUGAUGCAAUCGCCCACCGAUGGCAAUGAUGAAGCAAUUUUGGAUCUUUUCCAGAUUGUUUGGAAAAAAUACGGUCAACAGGUGAGUGCAUCUGCGGCAGCCACGUUGUGCCAACUAGCCUGCCAAAUAUUCUGCAUUUACCUAAGACAGGUGAUUAUAUUCCAGGACAUACUCCUCGGUCACCAAAACGGAGACGACUUUGUUAGUGACUCGAGAUUUGAAAGCAUGGAACAGGAGAUUGCCGAUCAAGAUCGUUUGCUGUUAUUACUGUGCUUGGAUGCAAUGUGCCGGGUAGUACGAGUUCCAUCGUUGAGUCAUAUUGUUGCAAAAUUAACCUCUGAAGAAGAUGAUGAUUCGUUGGAAAAAAACACUUUUGAGACUACCCUUAAAAUAAAGAGGUCACAAAGUGCCUUCUUCACACUCGAUUACCCGGGAAUAGUUCAUCUAACGACAUUGCCCCAGGAUUAUCAAAACUGUUUGCUUCGCUUACCUGAAAUGGGUGUCCAUGACAAAAUCCGGUGUUUGCUCUGUGGCACUUGGCUAGCGAGGAACCAACACGAGAACCACAUGCACGAAUGUUCUUAUGAUAUUGGAGUGUUUUUCAAUCCAAAGAAAAACGUCUUGCGGGUCUGCAUCUUGAUCAGCGACACUCCAAUCACGUUGGAAAUACCGGCUCCGUACUUGACCAAGCAUGGAGAAGUCAAGACUUUGGGUUACAAGGGCAAGGCGUCACUAAGCGACUUUAGAUUCGUCGAGCUCAACAAGCUAUGGAUCAAUCAGGGCUUGUACGCGUUUGUGACGAGAGCACUAUUCGCGGACACUUCGGGCGUUACAAUGAACGGCCUAGGUAUAAACUUGGACAGAACAGGAAUGUUUGGCUUGGCGGUCGAGGACAUUGAAGAAGAUGAUAUGGGUUGGAAUGAAGAAGACGAGGAGUUUAUGAUAAUGUGA